UAUUCUUGGUUAAUUGUAUGGCCCAAAGUCAAAAAAAGCUCAAUAUUAAUGUAAGUUUCGAAGGUGAAUUUGCUCAGUAUCUUACAGAGGUUGCACAAGCAUGGAAUAAAACUAUACCAGAAGUUUNCCUAAACGAAAGAUAGUGUUUUCGACGAGUAAAGGGAUUGACAAAAUUAUAUAAAAAUGUUAUAUUCUAUAGUUGAUAUUUUUGGUUAAUUGUAUGGCUCAAAGUCAAAAAAAGCUUAAUAUUAAUAUAAGUUUUGAAAAUGAAUUAGCUCAAUAUCUUACAGACAUGGCAGAAAUGGAAAAUAAGACUAUACAAGAAGUAUUAGUGAGUUUUGUAAAAGAAGAAUUUGAAGAAGAUAUAGAAUUAUCUAAAAUUGCUGAUGAACGUGAUGCUGAGGGUACAGAGAUAGUUGAUUAUAAGGAUGUAAAAUGGAGGUCAGUUGACUACAAAAGUGCUCAGUGAAAACCAAACGUUACGAAAUUAAAUUUUCAAAGAAUGUUACUGAAAAUGAUAUUCCAUCUUUACCAGUAACAAUAGAAGCAAGAGUGAAAAGAGCCAUAGAUGAGCGGCUUACAGUUGAUCCAGUUAACCUCGGUAAAGCACUACGUGGUAGAUUAGGAGGGAGCAGAAGAUUAAGAGUGGGCAGUUAUAGAAUAAUUUACAAAAUAGAUAAACUAGAACACACAGUAACUAUCACAGAAGUAGGACACAGAGAUAGCAUCUACAAAAGAUAA